AUGAACACAAUUGCAGUAGUGCUGAAUUCAAUCGACUAUCGCAAAAAAAUCACCGAUGAUGCGGCAACAUGUGCAUUUUUAUGCUCUGCAAAGCACAUAGUGCUUAUAUUUAUGGAAAAAAACAGUAUCUUUUUGUUCAACGAUCCUCGCGUGGUGCUUGAAUCAGAGAAGCUUGUUUCCACGGAAAAGAGGCUCCAGAGAAAAGCAGCUACAGAAUACCUGCACAUGAUAGAAAACUCGAUAAAACGAAUCAAUUUAGAGAUUGAAGUCUCCAAGUUAGUCAUCUGUGGUGAUGAAAAAUACAAGGUAAGAAAGUGCCUGGAAUGUCUGGGUGCCGAAGCCGUUGUACUAAUAAGCGAGCCAAGGGGAAAACAUCUAUAUGAAUACUUGAUCAGCCCGCUUGAAGACUACAUUUUCGAAAUGCUGCAAAUUCCAGUAAUCAAAGUUCCAAUACAUACAAAUUCGGUUCCUAAACAAUCGUAG